CACACUGAGAUACAAGACACAAGGAGACAGCAAGGAGACACUUAGAUAUACAAGGAGACACAAAGCAAUAAAGACACAAGGAGACACAAGGAGACACGAGGAGACCGCGGGGGACGGCAGAAGCCCCGCCAUGCACGUGGAAAUCAGCGUGGCGCUCAACUUCCUCAUCUCCCACCUGCACAGCAAGCUCCCGCGUCGCCGCGCCCAGCUGUUCGGAGAGGAGCUCGCGCGGCUGCUGAGGGCUCGCUACGAGGGCCACUGGUACCCCGAGAGGCCCCUGCGGGGGUCCGCCUUCCGCUGCCUGCACAUCGGGGGGGUCCUGGACCCCCUGCUGGAGCAGGCGGCCCGGAGCAGCGGGCUGGACGCGGCCGAGGUGCGAGAGAACGUGCCCCAGGAGCUGAGGGUGUGGAUCGACCCCUUCGAAGUGUCCUAUCAGAUCGGGGAGAAGGGAGCGGUCCGGGUGCUGUAUUCAGAGGGGGAGGAGGAGGAGGGAGGAGAAGGGGGAGAGGAGGAGGCAGCAGCCCAGGAAAGAGCCUCACAAACCAGGGAGCCAGUCCCAGCUUCGGGGGAAGAGGGGAGCAGGAAUUCUGGGUUCAAUCCCGAAGCCCGGGCGUUUGUCCCGACCGGCGCGGGGCUGUCGGGCUCCCCGGGGGCCGCCGAUGUUUUCGGGGGUCCCGGUAACCCUAACGCCUCCCCCCCUCCCUCCUCCUCUGCUUCCUUCCCCAAAUCCGCUCAUCCCCAGCUGCUCACUUUUACCACUGCUAGUUUCGCCGCAACCAAAUUUGGAUCGACCAAAAUGAAAAAGGGGGGGGCAGGGGGAGGG